AUGAGCCAGCGUGUUCCAAGCUGCCACAUCGAUGAUACUCCGGCGGCCACCGUCCGCUCCACGAAAGCGGCAGAUAUCCCCAUGCUAGACUACGAGGUAGCCGAGCUGACGUGGGAGAAUGGGCAACUGGGGUUGCACGGCUUAGGUCCACCGCGAGUGCCGGCUCCGUCGAAGUACUCAACCGGCGCCGGUGGAACGUUGGAGUCGAUAGUGGACCAAGCUACUCGUUUCCCCAACCCUAACCCUAAGCCUAAGCCCACGGAUGAGCUGGUCCCGUGGUUCCACCAUCGCUCUUCCGGGGGCAUGGACGCGCUUGUGCCGGAGCAGCAGAGCCAGCCAGGCACCCACGUGGGUUCGUGUAGCGAUGGUCAUCACAUGGCUGGUGAGAAACGAGCAAGAGUGGCGGCGCCCGAGUGGAGCGCGAGCGGGAGCCAGCGCCUGACCAUGGACACUUACGGUUUCACCUCAACAUCGCUGGAUGACAACUCCAGCGACGGCGGGAAGCCCUGCACCAAAGCCACCACCAUCGACGAUCAUGACUCCGUCUGCCACAGCCGCCCACAGGCAAUUCCCUAUUUUACGCCUUCUAAUUAA